CGAACCGGUAGUGAUUACGUUGAGGCUGAGGUCAUGCGUCAAAAACGACAAACAGGCGAGGCAGCAAACAAUAUCGAAUCGCUCAAGAAGAACACCACGAUAUGCAUAGGAGAAUUCUUCAAAGUGGAGCCCAUCUAAAACCACACCAAGUAUAUAUAUAACGCUGCGCGUGGCGCCCGCGCCUCCCCCCCCCUGCGCGCCAGUCGGCAGCAGCCAUGCGAGUGCACGCUAUCAUCGCCGCUCUGCUCGCCUGCCUCGCCACAUGCGUGCGGCUCUCCGUCGCCACCGGCGACCUCGUCCAGCGUCUGCAGGACGUCGUCGCCGCGGGCAACUACACGUACUUCCGUCUGAACCGCGCCGGCAGCGUGACGAUGGUGCUGCGCUCGAUGCGCGGCGACGCCGACCUCUACGUCUCAGAGUCGACGCUGCGGCCGGACUUUGCGUUCGAGAACCACGACCUGCAGUCGGUGACGUGCGGCCUCGACUCCGUCACGAUUCCCGCCGCGUUCCGCCGCCCCGUCGGCGUCGGCGUCUACGGACACCCGCAUCAUAUGGAGAGCGAGUACUCGCUCGAGAUCUACCUGUCGGACGAUCGCUCGGAGCCGGAGUACGAGCGAGCGGAGCGCGACAACGAAGCGGGGUUCGCCGCGGCGACGCCGAAGCUGCCGUUGCCUGACAUGCCGGCGUACGGCGAGAGCCAUGAGGAGGAGUCGCUGCUGUGGACGAUAAUCGUCGGCGUGUUGAAGGUUCUAUUCGACGUGCUGCUCUAGCUUUGGCGCGAGCGCGCGUCGGGUUGCCGACGGCGACGACGACAACCGGCUCUCUCGCUCCCGUUCUCCGUGUUUGCCGAUGGACGGUGUAGUUUAUAGAAACUGGACUGCUGUUGUUACGCGCGCAGAACUUUGUUACCUGGUUACCGAUAAUAUUUAUGUGUCGAUGCAGCAAGGGGCGAGACGGUAGGUCAAUGUGAUUGUGUCGUGUAGUUACACGAUGUAACGGAUCGAGUGCACGUUGACAGAGCUGGCUCGAACAAAAGCGCGCAGUGCUGAGCGACCAUGCUUGAAUUACUAAUUGGAAAAUACAAAUGCCGUGUUAGAGUGAAUUAGUUCAAUUUAGUUAUUAGCCCGAGUGUUAUGAACACUUGAUUUCGGGAAGAUAACACAUAGAUGUAUAUGUCGAAGGUGAUGCUAAGAGAAAAACUAUCACACUGUGUGUUUGGACAUUUACAGCGGAGGAAGUUUACUUACACGAUUGUUGUUUUAGUUGUCAGAUUAUACUUCCGAGUGGCUGCGUGGAAUAACUAAGUUUUGAUGAAACCGUCGACGGGUAGAUGUAUAUUUAUGUGGACCAUCUGCAACCUAUAUUUAACCCUAUUUGUUUAAAUGGAAACUUGAUUCUGCGCAUGUCAAGUACAGCAAGUAGGCUAUGUGAGGGUAUGAUUACAGAAGAUCAGGUUGUUAAGAAUUGUGUGUUGUCGUGGCUGCUGACUAGCUUAGUUCUGUUUUACGGCUCAAAACGCUGCAAUUAUGUUGAUAGACAUUCUGGAUACUUGUAUUCCAUACUUGUAGCUCAUGCCUUUACUUGAAAUACUGAAAAUGUAAGAAUUCUAAUGAAUAUUUUUGUAAGGUUAGUUGAAAUGUAAAAAAAUAGUUUUCUAAUGUGAAAGACAUUUGCACGUGCCCAACUGUUUUACAAAUAAUAAACAUUUGAUUCCUGAAGUCUUCUAAA